AUGAACGAAGACGAGAACCCCAAGGAAGACCCUUCCUCCUUGGACGGCGGCGGCGGUACUACCGCCCAACAGGGCGGGUCGACCAAAACAAAGACCAAGAAACAGUGUUCCUCGGUGUACCGGGGCGUACGGCAAAGGCCGUGGGGAAGGUACGAAAAAAAGAACUUCCUUUUUUUCCCUCUUUUUCUCUUAGAUAUUUUUCUCUUUUUUGAAGGGGCAAAAUUUCUCUUACCAAACUCACCACAAAAAUACUCUUUCUUCUUAUUAAAUAACGACGCACUCAUCAACAAACAAACAACAAAUAGUUGGGCGGCGGAAAUUCGCGACCCGAACCGAGGCGCUCGAUUAUGGCUCGGGACGUUCGAUACCGCGGAAGAAGCGGCGAGAGCGUACGACGCCGCGGCGAGGCACAUACGCGGGCCGGGCGCGAGGACGAAUUUUCAACUCGCGCCGGGGGAAGAGCCGGCACCGUUUGUGUUACCUGAUCCACCGGCAGGGAGAGGCGGGGGAGGGGGCGUCAGUGGAGGAGGAGGACGCGGAGGAGCAGGGAGAAGCGGCGGAGGGUCCGGACGAGGGCCGCACGCCUCCAAGAAGAACAAAUCGAAAGACGACGGGAAGGGCGACGAAAAGAAUGGGUUCCACGGCUCGGAACCGAGUAAGUUUCCAUCCGCGGCUGGUUUGAGCUCGUUUACGUCUUUAGGAUUGCCCACGCGCGGAUUCAACGGCUUGACGCCGGAGAAUGACUUGUCCGCUCUAGUCAACGCGAACUUGGCGUUGGCGCAGCAAAACUUGGAGAUGAGCGGGAGACACACGGGAAGUCCGGAUUAUAACGGCAUUCGGUUGAGUUCGGGGUACUCGCCGACGAUUGCGGGGUCGAGCUCGUUGCCAGGUGGUAGAUUAGGCUCGUUACCUUCCCCGUCGGAGUUAUUAGCUGGGUCACACCUGAAGUACUCCUCUCACCAAUCGAAUUUAGGCAAUAAUAGAGAGAGUAACGGAGGAGACAACGAUGGAAAGAACAACAAUAGCAAAGAUAAUAGCAACAUGCCGGCGAUGUAUGGAAACGCGGGUGGGAAACGGGACCGCGGGCCAUCGAGCGCGUUUUUUGGUACGUCCUUUGGCGUCGCCGGAAGUUUCGGUUCGAUUUUCCCGCACGACAUGCUCGGAACUUCGCCGUCCGAUCGAAGCGGGAAUAAGAAUUCCACGAAAGUGGAUUAUUACGACGAUUUGAACGCAGGGACCAGUCCGAGUUCUCGAGGGAACUCCACGCACAAAGGCGAUAGAUAUAAUAACAACGGUAACAACAGCGGCGGCGGUAGAGGCAGAGGCUUCGGAAGAGGUUCUGGAGGCAGAGGCGGCGACAGAAACAACCAAACGGACGACGAGAAUAUGCAAAACGGAGGCAAUGCUUUCAAAGUUGGAAGCAUCGGAUAUAUGCGCGACUUGGACGACGCGCUACCGUUGGUUGGAAGUUUAGAACUCGGAUCACCAGAUUUAGGGAAUUACGUCGAAAUUGGUAGGAGUAACGACACUAAGAACAACACGAAUAAUAAUAGCAAGGCGUCGUUGCGCGGAACGAAGAGCAAGUCAAACGCGUCUCCAACGAAGAAAUCCGGUGGUAGCAGUGGACGGUCUUCUGGGAACAGCAACGAAGAGACGAAAUCGGGAGGACGGUCCACUCGAGGAACGACGAGGAGUUCCCAGGAUCCGGGUUCAGAUACAUUCGACGCGCUCUCCGCGUUGAUUGAUCAGAAACGGAAAUAA